AUGGGCGAAACAAACGGCUCUGGCUCCAACCCGCCGCUUGGCGAUUUGGGCAAUAUCUCAGCUGGCCAGGUUCGUCCCGGUGGCGCACCAGCGCGCGUCUAUCUCAAUGAGAAGGUCGUGCCGUAUCUGCUUGACGGGAUGAAGUCAGUUGCGCGUGAACAGCCUGCCAAUCCUCUCCGUGUGCUUGGCGAAUUCCUGCUUCAGAAGAGUAAAGAAGUGGAGGGUGAAGCUAAUAAGGAGUCGGAGUAA